ACUUAGCAGACUAGCUCCCUGACACCCUUGGGAGCCAAGAAUCAGAUCCGGAGGAAGACUGGGAAACAGCAACGACCAGAGGUGCAGGAGGCGUGGUUACCCGGAGUCCGGCCAGGAUUCUCAGGAAAAUGACUCCCUCCAUCUCAUGGGGGCUCCUGCUUCUGGCAGGCCUGUGCUGCCUGGUCCCCAGCUUCCUGGCCGAGGAUGUCCCGGAAACAGACACCUCCCAGAAGGAUCAGUACGCAGCCUGCCAUAAGAUUGCUCCAAACCUGGCAGACUUUGCCUUCCACCUAUACCGGGAGCUGGUCCAUCAGUCCAACACCUCCAACAUCUUCUUCUCCCCCGUGAGCAUUGCCACGGCCUUUGCUAUGCUCUCCCUGGGGAGCAAGGGGGACACACACUCGCAGAUUCUAGAGGGCCUGGAGUUCAACCUCACACAAGUCCCCGAGGAUGACAUCCACAAGGCCUUCCAUCACCUCCUCCAAACCCUCAACAGGCCAGACAAUGAGCUGCAGCUGAACACAGGCAAUGGCCUCUUUGUCAGCAACAAACUGAAGUUGGUGGAGAAGUUUGCGGAGGAGGUCAAGAACCAUUACCAUUCAGAAGCCUUCUCUGUCAACUUUGAAGACCCAGAAGAGGCCAAGAAAGUAAUUAAUAAUUUUGUGGAGAAAGGAACCCAUGGAAAGAUAGUUGAUAUGGUGAAAGACCUGGACAAAGACACAGUUUUCGCCCUGGCCAAUUACAUUUUCUUUAGAGGGAAGUGGCAGAAGCCAUUUGAUCCUGAGCACACUACGGAAGCUGACUUCCAUGUGGACAAGUCCACCACGGUGAAGGUGUCCAUGAUGAACCGCGUAGGCAUGUUUGACGUGCACCAUUCCAGCACACUGUCGAGCUGGGUGCUGCUGAUGGAUUACAUGGGCAACGCCACUGCCAUCUUCCUCCUGCCCGAUGAGGGCAAGAUGCAGCAUCUGGAGCAAACUCUCAGCAAGGAGAUCAUUUGUCAGUUCCUGCUAAAUAGGCGCAUAAGGUCAGCCAGUCUCCACUUCCCCAAACUGUCCAUCUCAGGAACCUAUGACUUGAAGACAGUCCUGAGUCCACUGGGCAUCACCCAGGUCUUCAACAAUGGAGCUGACCUCUCCGGAAUCACAGAGGAUGCUCCCCUGAAACUCAACAAGGCUGUGCAUAAGGCCGUGCUCACCAUUGAUGAGAGAGGAACAGAGGCUGCGGGAGCCACAGUUUUGGAAGCCAUUCCCAUGUCUCUGCCCCCUGACGUGAACUUUGACAGACCUUUCGCUUUCAUAAUAUUUGAUAUGCAGACUCAGAGCCCCCUCUUUGUGGGAAAAGUGAUGGAUCCCACACAUUAAUGACCAUCCUCAAAAGUCAUCCUUCCUUCUGGAUUGGGUCCCCUUCCCAGUGACAUUAAACGCAGGCUGGCCUGGCCCGUGCCUGAUGCUACUGCAA